AUGACAUCAGUUGUGAAACGCUUCAUCGUUCUCGGUGAUACGGGUGCAGGCAAGUCUUCAUUCAUCAAUGCUUUUUACAACUAUUGCUACGGAACACAUGAUCCAGACUCCGCGUUCAAUGGAUCGCAAAACAGUGUUCAAAUUGCUAUUCCUUGCAAGUAUUGGGAGGAUCGACGAACGAAAAUUUUGGGUGAAGAAAAAUCAACAGAACGAGACAUUGAAGAUCAAACAAAAAGUCAAACCUUGUGUUGCACUACUCACACUCUCGAGUUUAGUGAACGAGAAGCACAACCGCAUACAUUCGUCAUUCAACUCAUUGAUACGCCUGGCUUCAACGAUACAGAAGGUGUCUCCAAAGAUGAUUCCAACGUUUAUCACAUCGCAAAGGCAGUACAAGACGUCGCCUACUUAAAUGGUAUUAUUAUCGUCGUCAACGGUUCUACUUCUCGUCUGGGCACAUCUUUUCAACACUUCAUGCAGCUGCUUCAUGAGGUCUGGCCCAAUGACUUGAUGAAGAACAUGUGCGCUGUGUUGACUAACUGUGAUGAUACUACUUCCAAUCUCAAAUCCGAAGUACUCUACGACUUGCUCAAGGUGAAUCGCAAGACUGUAUUUUACAUGCAAAAUAGUCUUUUUCGCUGGGAUCGGAAAACUGGCACAAGCAAGACCAUACGAAACUUGCGUCGAGAUUUCGUUGAAAGUGUGGAAACUCUGAAAAACCUUGAACGGGUACUCCUUCAUUUUGAGAAUGUGUCGACCAACGCUUUCGUAGUUGGUGCGAUAAAACAGAGCUACAUUCAACAAUGCAUUCACGAUACGAUUACAAGCAUUAUACAGAUGCUCCAAAUCGAUCGUCAACAAUAUGUUGUAGAAGAAAGUUUGGGCAGAGCAAGAGCGACAAUGUCAGCCAACAAAACGUGGGAGAAAGAAGCAAGCAUCACAGUCACAAAAUGGAUGCAAGUGGAGCCACCUCCAUCGCUUUUCUCGUUCUAUAACCCGCAUUAUGGAUCUUCGCUUCAACAACCAAACAGCGAAAAACAGCAACGCAAGCACGGAGCAAAUCAACAAAAUUACAGAACAAACCAGCACGGCAACAGAGCAAAUCAUUACGGUCACAGAGCAAAUCAUUACGAUCACAGAGCAAAUUAUUACGAUCACAGAGCAAAUUAUUACGAUCACAGAGCAAAUUAUUACGAUCACAGAGCAAAUUAUUACGAUCACAGAGCAAAUCAGCACGACAACGGAGGAAAUCAGUACGGCCACGCAAUAAAUCAUAACACUAGCUUUUCUUACAAUGACAAUGUGCCCAGACCGGCUUCUACCUAUCGAGCGGAAGAACGCGAAAUUAAAGUCAUUCUCGAAGAUAAUGAAGCAAAAUCGAAUCAUGAGUCAGCUCGUCGAGAAGUUACGGAUCUCCGCGCCAAAAAGACUGAAUUCGCAGGAGAACAUGUUAUCAUGGAAGGUACGCUUCAGGUACUCUUAACGGACCUGGGUAACAACGUGAAAGAAAUGCGACAGAUUAACAUGGGCGUUGAUCUACUCGAGAAAAACAAAGAAUCACUCCUUAAAUUCCGGAAUGAAAUCGAUUUGAGGGGCGAUGAUAAAGGCAUGCUUGAAAUCUAUGCUGAAGUGGUGGCCAUUCUCACGAAACCCAUCGAGAUUCGCAGCGCUUCUUCUCAACCAGCAACCUAUUAA